UUGAGGAAGCCAGGUCAUAUCAUACCGCUUKAGUACCCAUUUUCUUGAUUUUUUUCUAGUAUCCGACAAAUUUAGAAGCCCUUCCUUUCAUCAAUCAGGAAUUUAAAGAUCUAUAAAACAUCAAAGAGAGACAAAGACAAGGAAUUUGAUCUACAAGACGCUUUAGAAACGAGUAACAAUUUCGACAUGGCGAGCAAUGGCGAAGAAAAAUCGGCCGAGGAUUACCCUCAAUCGAAAUCCACAAGUGGCUUAAAAUUCAACCCAAAAUGCCUCCCAAUUGCUUUCAAACUUGUUCUUUAUGGACUGACAGGGUUAUUUGCCGAAGUAAUGUUCACAGCGACCUGGUAUUUUGUGGAUUCAGUUCGAUACCGUCAUGGAUGGAAACUCCAUGGUUGUACGUCUGUCUGGUCCUUCCCCAUUUAUUCUAUCUCCUCCUAUGUGAUCGAGUUAAUGUUCCUGGCGUUAAAUGGAAAAGUCAACCUCUUCGUCCGAGGUAUAAUCUACCUUGUUUGGACAUAUUUCUGGGAGUUUACCACUGGAUUGAUUCUACGACAGUUCAAUGCAUGUCCAUGGGACUACAGUGGCUACACCUACUACAACAUCAUGGGGCUUAUAACCUUUGAUUACGCACCUCUUUGGUACUUUGGCUCACUUCUGUUAGAAAUUGUUGUCAUCCAAAGCGCUUUACAACUCCAAUACCAUCCUCAUUCAAAGACUGAAUGAGAAUUUCUCAGAUGUAAAUAUAUUUCGUAAUUCAAAAUUUGGCUUUAAAAAUAUUUUCAAAGUUGAAUAUAUAUUGUUGCAUCAAUUAAUAAUUUGGUUUAGUUUUUGCAUUGAUUGGGUUGAAUUUCUCAAGUUUUAUUGUAUACUCGUAUUUAAACAUAAGCGUAUUUAAAGAAAUAUUAUAUAUAUCGUAUAAGGCACGAAAGCUUCCUAUAUUUCUUUCUUCAUAAUUUGUAUUACAAUUAACAUUCUACAUGCUUUUCAAAACUAUCAUUGUAUUUAUAAUUUCU